AUGCAAAUGCGCAGCACUGCGGGAUUCCUCUCGCAGGAGUUCCGGAGGCACGCUCGAUCAAUUGCUGCCUCCUCGUCGCGACGCAGCGACGGCUCUGGUGCUGUGAGCAGCCAGGGCGACGGAGCGUUGGAGAGCGAUCAACCAUCAAUUGCGCCGACCGGUGACACAUCGGAUCGUGCUGCGACGCCUCCUCCGCCAUCCGAGGAUCCUCCGCCACCGCCUUCUGCGAAUCAGCCUCCGGAGGCGUCUGAAGAGGCCGCAAAGGAAGGUGGCGAUGACGAGGAGAUGGAAGACGACUCGGCUGGACAAGAGCCCAAAGAGGAUGAUAAGAUGGGUGACGGGGAGGAGCAGAAAGACGAGGUCCCCGGCAAGGCCCCGCCUUCUGCUGCCCGAACCACCGAUAACCCUCCGGAACACGGCGUGCGUUCCAGAGCCCGCGGACCACCGAUUGAUGUCCGCCCAGCCAGCACCGCUGCUGACCAAGCCGCAAACGAUCCGAAGAAAUAUAGGAUCGAGGGCCCUGGGAUCAAGGCGACAACGAUUCAUCGCCCUGAUCAGAUGCCCCAGAGAGGCAUCGAUUCCAUCUCGCCGAUAGUGCAGUACGAGAUGAACUCCGUUCCGGUGGCGCUACCGGAAUUCGUCGUCCCAGGACUCGAUGUGGCUGUUGACGACUCAGUCAAUGGCAGACUUGUUGCAGCGACAUGUCUUCCGCCAACCGAUGAACAGCGGAAAUACUCGCGGCACCGAUUCGCUAUGUUCUCCUCGAAUCAGACGAUGUAUCUGAACGUGGCGCUCCACAAGAAGCCCGCGCAGGGGGAUCACGACUCCUUCCUCCGUCCGGAGACAUACGAGGAAUGCCGCGACAUUCACGAUGCUGGCAGGGCGUACUCUGCCCGCGAGCAGCAGUCCCGCUCUAUCGGUGGCUCUACGAUCACGUGCAACCGAUUGUUGAACGACGAUGCACAGAGCAUUCCUCCCGCCAGGGUUCCCGAUGAGGCCAUGACCAACCUGGUGCGAAAACUGAUGUUCCGCGUGGUCACGCAAACGAAAGAGUACCCCACGACCAUCGAUCCGGCGAAGAAAUCUGAUGAUCGAGUGAGGGGUGUCCCGCUGUACUCUUACCUCGAUUCGAGUGGGAUCAUCGCGUUCGAUGUUAUUCCGAUGUAUAUGGAACGCGAAAGGGAGUACAUGAAGCAGAACGCUAGUGAGACUAGCGGUCUUACCCUUCUCCAGACGAGCGUUCUGGACGAGACCAACAAGCCCUCCGAGCUCACACUCCAGUGCAUUCUGGAGAUCGCAAGGACGGACAACAACCGAAUGUUCGAGUUCUUCUAUUCCACGAUUAACGGAAAUGGAGUUCCUCAGUUCGUUGGGAUCCGUGCUGCGUAUGGAUUCGGCCCCGAUAAUUUCAACCGAUUCCGACAGCUGACGAAGUCCAAGCACGGACCGUUCAUUCAGCUGGCCCAGGAGCAUUACGUCUCCGGUGAGCGAACGAGAAGUGUCUCGCGACACCACCCCCAGUACGGAUGGGGAUGCGCAACGAUCCGCGAAUUCUUCGGAUACAUGAGCGACUGCCAAGUCGGGCCUCCGAGGGGACAAUUGUUCCUCACCCUGCUCCCCUACGCUCCCGGAUCUGGGAAGAACAACGAGUGGGAAGAGGUCUACAUGAAGGUCCGAAUGAACCCCGGACGCGAGACAUUGUCUGCAUCCGCGGCAUCCGCUUCCAUGCUCCCAGAGGGUAUGGGAUCCAAUCGCAUGAUCGUCUUCGCGAUUGAUGUACAUGAUUGCCGCAGGCAUUAA